AUGUUCCUGCUCUUGCUGCUGAGCAGUCUUCUGUCCUCAGUUCAAGCAUCUUGUGAGGACAAAAGUCCGUAUUGCAACCCGAAUGACUGCGGAGUCCGUCCAGGAUACGCGAUGGUUUACUGUAGAAAGACGUGCGGAGGAUGCAUCGGUGAGUAGCUCUCAUGUAAAUGACUCACUCUUCCGAGCAUUCAGACUUCUGCGACGAUUCGAAGUUCAUCACUUGCAGCCAGGAACGGAAGAAAGACUGCGAUGACAUGCUCUCCGAUUACUGUCCCAAACUGUGCGGAAAGUGUUAUUCGAAAGCCAAAAUUGAAGCGAAGAGAACCAGUUACGCAAACUUAUUUUCUGCAAACUAACAAAUAGUGUUUCAGAAACGAUCCCUGUUACUCAAUUUCUGAAGAAUCCAACAGCCACAACCACCAGAAGCCCAACGGUACCCCAUUAAACGAUUGCCCAUUUCGACUUCUCCUGUUGCAGAUUCGUCUCAAAAAGGCGAGAAUGUUGCCCAACGGCACUUUCAUAAGCCCACCACUGCCAAAAUAUGAAAAGUUAGACGAUACCAUCUACUCCAUACCAGAAGCUCCUGCCGUAAUCGAGUAUCCGAUCGCGCACAUGGAAGAGCUCAUUCCGGAGCCGCAGAGGAUUUGGCCCGAGCCGGAGCCUAUUCGAAUCCAGCCAAUAAACGUGUACAGUCCGUACUCCUUCACCCCGAUUCAUCAGCAGAUUCCUUCCCAGUAGUGAGUCCUUCCCUGAUGUUUCCCACGGCCCGAUCUUCCCUUUCAGCUCUCCCUGGUCCCCUCCGCUCGGUCUCUCAUCUUCUCUCGAUUCGUCCCGUCGUUCUCCUCCCACCUACUACUCGUCUUACUCUCAGUAUCCACAGUACCCCGACGAGAAGAUGAACUCGAUCGCUCCGUCCAGACCUCCCGCUUACGAGAGCACAAUGCAGUUGGUCGAGCCGUUCCUCACUCCGGGGCAGUCUGAUCCCAACCCCAAGUCCAUGUCUUCUCUCAUAAAUUUGUUGGGAUGCAAGGACAAAGACGACAUGAUUUGCAAGCACAUAACAGCUGACACGUGUCUUUCUCGCCCCGGUUACUAUCUGAAACUGUGUCCAGUCACUUGCAAGAACUGCAGUGGUAUUUCCAAACGAACCCCAACCGAAUCAAUCGUCGUCUUCCAGGUUUUCAAUGCAUCGAUUCGAUAAAGAUUGACUGUGAAGAAGUGAAAUCUCAAGGAGCGUGCAAGCUGUCGGUGGCGAGUGAAUACUGUCCGCGGACUUGCGAGUACUGCAAUCCUCCGAACGAUUUGGCGCAGAACAUGUCCGACUGCAAGGACGAGUUGGAAACGUGCGAGCAGCUGGCGGAGAGCGGAGCAUGUCAGCACGAGUUCAGGUACAUUUUGAGUAGACGGAGCCCUGCUCAAAGCAAGUUUUCAGCAAGUCGGCGCUCAGAUUGUAUUGCGCAAAGAGCUGCGGAUUCUGCAAACGACCACAGUUUUACUUUUCCGACUCUCCGCUCAUGGCCAACGUUGUCUCGACACGAAAAUUGCUGAAGAACUCUCUGAACAGAAGAGAUCGAUUUUUGGGAUGA